UAUAUUUGUUGAUGUAGGAAGAGUGCGAACACUUGAGCUCUUGACGUGUGACUUUGCCAACUCGACAGGCCUUUUAUGUUCAUAUUUUGUGUUCAACAGCACUUGUGCCUUUGAUAUUUGAAAAGCAGAUGUUGUAUGGAAUGACAGUGUCACAGGAUGAAGUGUCAAUGGCGCUCGUUUGGAUACAAAUCAAAAGUAGUGGUGCUCUGCUCUAUUGCCAAUUUCAUCAAUGCAGCAGAUAGAGUUUUAAUGCCCCUUGCCAUUGUUCCCAUGGCAAUUGAAUAUAAAUGGAGCUUGUAUUGGCAAGGAUGGAUCCUAUCAGGAUUUGCUUUUGGUUAUUUUACUAGCCAGAUCAUGGGGGCAAUUGCAGUCAAUAAUUAUGGUGGGCGAAGAGUUCUUUGCUUUGCAGUAUUGUUAUGGUCCCUCUCUACUGCAGCCACACCAUUGGCUGCUCCACAUCUUCCUGCCCUCAUCUGUACGAGAGUUAUUUUAGGACUUGGUGAAGGCCUUGGUUUGCCUACAAUAUUUCAACUCUUUGCUCAACACAUCCCAGCUGAGGAGCGUAGUCGAGCCUUUGGGUACAUGGUUGCUGCUGGCUCUAUAGGCCAGACUGUUGCAUCAUUGUUUGUUCCUCACUUGGACUGGCGUGUAAGUUUUGAAUUGUUUGGCCUUGUUGGUCUAGUAUGGGUGGUUUGUUGGCUGCUGACCUACCAUGAUCCACCCAUUUUAUCAGAUGAAGAGGGACAACAGCUAAUUGAACAAGAAAAAACGUGUGUGUCUUGGGUAGAGUGGAUAAGCCAUUGGUCAUUGUGGUCAAUCUAUAUUGCUCAUUUCGCUAUGAACUGGAGCAACUACAUCAUCAUGCAGUGGCUGCCGACAUACCUAUCACGGACGCUGGGAGCAAACAAAGAGAGCAUGAGUCUCACUGCAGUGCCUUAUAUCAUCAACUCUCUUUUUGGUGUUGCCUGGGGUCACAUUGCUGAUCAGCUGAUAUCAGUGGGGUGGCCAGUAAUAAGGGUGCGCCGUUUAAUGACACUCUUCGGUCUUAUGGGACCUGGACUUUGCCUCACCCUAUUUCCAGAAGUUUCAAACUUGGUUGUUGCAGUUUUAGUGAUAUCCAUGGCAAUGGGCUUGUGUGCUGCCAAUUCCUCGGGUCAUCUUAGUAAUCAUGCAGAUGUUGCACCCAAUCAUGCUGGUAUAACAUUUGCUAUAUCAAAUACAAUUGCGACGAUUCCUGGCAUUCUGUGUGGUCCAUUAACAGCAGAGCUGGUGGUGGCAUCACAUGGGCGUUGGUUUCCAGUCUUCUUUCUGGCAGGGACCAUCAACUUUACUGCUUCAAUGAUAUAUCAUACUCAGAGUUCUGCAAAACCUGUUCUAUGACACAGGAAGAAUAUAAUAUGAGAGAUUUGUAUACAGAUUUUAAUGGUUGACACAAACUUGACAAUAGAUUAUUGACCUUAGUGCAUAGUUUUGUGUUUAACAUUUUUGGAAGACCUGUGGUUAAUCCGAUAUACUGUAUACUGCAGUAGAUACAUACAACUUGAAAUACAGAAGAAUACUUCUGUACAUACAUACUGUUAAUGUUCUUCCAUAUCUAUAGUAUAUACCUGUACAGUAAAUUAUCUUGAUAUAUUUUUAGUAAUGAACACUUUUCUAUCAAGGAAGGUAACUCCUGUUGUAUAAAUAAAUAUGGAGCUGCAGCCCUUGGAGGCUGAGCUUGAUAACCUGUUGAUCAAACCAUGACAAGAGGUAGCCAAUACAAUAUAAUUACUAGGUGAAUCUCUAAAUUGUUGAUUUAUGAAAGCAAAGGGAAACUUGUAGGCCACAGUUGCCCUUUAGCAGGACUAAUUUCCUGCAAAUGUACAUUAAUAAGAAUAAUGGAUGAGUUUUUUUUUUAACAGUUUUAUCUUUUAUCUUUAAUGCAUUCUUUAUCUCGGUCCAAUAUUUAUUUUCUGUCUUAUGAUAGUUAAUGUAUUGAUAAUACUAAAGGCUAUAUUUACUA